UUAACACCUAACGACAAAACGGUUCUAGAUACCAUCCUUCCUUCCUGGGCUCUUCAAUUUCUCACUCUAAAUUCUCCCAUUCUCUCUCUCUCUCUCUCUUCCAGUUCCUGCAACUCAACUACACAUGGCGGGUCAAUAUUCUUCUCUAAGACCCACAUCUUCUUCUCAAUCUCCUUCUUCCUCUCACACUUUUGCUUCGCGCCUCCUUCUGCUCCUAACUCUUCUCCCCUUGACUCUUGCCUGCUUCGCUUUCCUCCUCCAAUGGCGGGGCGGUCUCAAUGACCCCGUUUCUCGCUGGUCGCCGGACCACCAUGAGUUCCCCGGCAUGUCUACCACCGCCCCUUCCCUCCAUUCCCAUUCUUCCAAUUCGGAUUGCGUUGAUCUUCUAGGUCGAACCCAUUCGCCGGCAUUUUCUUAUUACCGGGACUGGAAGUUCGACUACGCCUCCGAUCUGAAGCCCAAGAUAUGCGUUACGACAAGCACUUCUGCUGGUUUAGAGCAGACUUUACCCUGGAUCUUUUAUCACAAGGUUAUUGGAGUUUCAAACUUUUUGCUGUUUGUGGAAGGGAAGGCUGCCUCCCCAAAUGUAUCCAAAGUCUUGGAAUCCAUUCCGGGAGUGAAAGUUAUAUACAGAACAAGAGAGCUAGAAGAGCAGCAAGCAAAAAGUCGGAUUUGGAAUGAGACAUGGUUGGCAAGCUUCUUCUACAAACCAUGUAAUUAUGAAUUGUUCGUGAAACAGUCUCUGAACAUGGAAAUGGCUAUUGUCAUGGCAAGGAGUGCUGGUAUGGAUUGGAUCAUCCAUCUGGAUACUGAUGAACUGAUGCACCCUGCGGGUACACGAGAGUACUCAUUAAGACAAUUGCUUGCUGACGUGCCUGCAAAUGUUGAUAUGGUUAUUUUUCCAAAUUAUGAGAGCAGUGUUGAGCGAGAUGAUGUAAAGGAACCUUUCAGCGAGGUAUCGAUGUUUAAAAAGAAUUAUGACCAUCUCCCAAAAGAUGUAUACUUCGGUAAUUAUAAAGAUGCAACCCGUGGCAAUCCAAACUAUUUCUUGACAUAUGGAAAUGGAAAAUCAGCUGCUCGGGUUCGAGAUCAUCUUCGUCCAAAUGGGGCACAUCGAUGGCACAAUUACAUGAAGACUCCCAAUGAGAUCAAGUUGGACGAAGCUGCUGUUCUACAUUACACAUACCCUAAAUUUUCUGAUUUGACUUCAAGACGCGAUCGAUGUGGCUGCAAACCAACAAAAGAGGAUGUUAAAAGAUGCUUUAUGUUAGAAUUUGAUAGAGCUGCAUUCAUAAUUGCUUCAACUGCAACAGAGGAAGAAAUGCUUCGCUGGUAUCGUGAACGAAUUGUCUGGACUGAUAAAACACUGAACUUGAAACUUUUAAGGAAGGGUAUUCUGACUCGGAUUUAUGCACCUAUGGUCAUUAUUGAAGGAUUGAGGAAUUCUGGCAUCUUUAGUUCUGUUAUCUCAUCUGCUGUUCAGAAUACACUGGCCAAAGAUCAAUUCUUAUCAUCUGUUGAGAGUAGCAACUCUUCUAGACCAAUUGACUCCGGAGUUAUAUCUUCUCGAAAGUUCGGUAUUAAUAGGGGGGAUUCUCAAGCAACUGGCAGAAGGGUCCUGGAAAUUCUGGACGAUUUUUCUGACCUCUCAGCUAUCCCACCAUUAUCUCCGCCCAGCCUUGACGAUGAUCUUCGAGUUCCAGUUGACACAUAAGUAUUAUCCAUCAGUAUAAAUUGUUCCCAUUUCACAGAGUCCUCGGUUGUAGGAUUUCAAAUUCGAUGUCUGGCAGAGGAGGAAAGGUUUAGAAGGAGGAGACUGAUCUGGCCUUGCCUUUGCAUGAAGAAUUAGAGCGGUUGACUUCAUGGGGUUCUUCCCGAUCACUGUCCAAGCGGCUGAUGUACAUUUCAGGUUUAGAUGUUAUAGUCUAUAGAGAUAGAGUUGUAGAGAGAGCUUGAAUUUUGGAUUUUGGAUUUUGGAUUUUGGAUUUAACAUUAAUGAUUGGUUGGUUUGUUUUGAUAGCCAUUAUGGAACUACAUUGGAUUACACAAAUAUGCAGUUGCAGUUUGUGAUA